CACACGUUUUCUGAGUGGAAAGUCGCGGUUUUGUUACAAUAAAAUAUCGUUUAAUUUGGGAUAAUUUUGAUAAAGUUAUUAGUUAAGAAAUGAGUGCCGUUCCGUCUAUUUUCGACACUCCGUUAGUGCCGCAACCAUUGUCACUUGCGGGAUUGAAAAGAACGCCUCCGGUAAACGUCGAACCCGAGGCCAAACGCGGCAAGAAGAACAAAAAAGCGUCAACCGUGCCGAGUAAGAAAAAGCUGAUCGACCAGUUGCUGCUAGAAGAACGGCGGGAACUGAGCCAGGACGAGUCCGGUGUUUCCGCAGAGCCCUCACCGAAGAAGGGGAAAAAGAAGAACAAUGCUGCCACUUCAAACAAUACAAAAAGUUCCACCAAAGCCGAAAACUCAAAAACUAGCAAAAACGCAAAAAAUAAACCCAACGCGACUUUCAAAAUCAAACUUGUCGAUACAAAAUCGCACCGGGAAAAGCUACGGAAGAGUCUUGCCGGGCUCAAUCGCUCGAAAAAUGCUCACAACGACGAUUCCCUGAUUGAAAUGUCCUUGAAUGGUGACUUGCUGAAAAACAACUCCAAUCACUCGACACCCGUUCGCAAGAAUGCUAAGCCAGCGAAGAAAACAACCAAACAGGUGCCAUUGCCAAUUCAAGGCACUCCAGCGAAAGUGGUUGUAAAGCAGGAAUCACAAACACCGAAAGUGAACGGCGUCUGCUUUGCCGAGGACAGCACGGAGAUUGGUCGGGAAAAAUUCACCUGGGUAAUCCAUCCGACCACUGUCGACGAAUUUAUGGCAAAUUACUGGGAGAGCAAACCGUUGCUCAUUCAACGCAAGGACCCGUCCUACUACAGAAAUUUGGUUUCACGUGCAAAGAUCGAUGAGAUGCUGCGAAAGCAUAAUAUCGAAUAUACCAAAAACAUUGAUGUCACUUCGUAUCGGGAGGGCCAGCGUGAAACACACAAUCCCGACGGAAGGGUCUUGCCACCGGACAUGUGGGCUUUCUACGAAGAAGGUUGCAGCAUUCGAAUGCUCAAUCCACAAACCUACCUUCCGGGGGUGUACGAAAUGAAUGUGAAACUGCAGGAAUUCUUCCAUUGCAUGACCGGUGCUAAUUUCUAUCUGACACCCCCCAAUAGCCAAGGAUUUGCCCCCCACUUCGACGACAUCGAAGCAUUCGUUCUUCAGGUUGAGGGUCGUAAGCACUGGAAACUAUACAGUCCACGUGUACCGGCCGAAGUGUUAGCCCGGGUAUCGUCUCCGAACUUCACUCAAGAUGAAAUCGGUAGUCCCAUCUUGGAUGUCAUCUUGGAACCCGGUGAUUUGCUCUACUUUCCUCGUGGAAUCAUCCAUCAAGCCAGCACCGUACCUGGUCAUAACUCGCUGCAUAUUACCAUGAGCGUCUAUCAGAAAAACUGCUGGGCUGAUCUGCUGGAGGUCUUCUUUCCGCAUGCUCUCGCUCAGGCCGCCGAAACACACUUUGAUCUACGCCGAGGAAUACCUCUGAAUCUGCACCAGCAUUUCGGUAUUGUGAAUUCCGAUAACGAAACGCCCACACGAACGCAAUUGAUCGGCCAUAUCAAAGCCUUGGUGGAUAAGGUGUUCAGCGAGGAGGCCAUCGACAGUGCAGUGGAUCAACUGGCCAAGCGUUUUCAGCAUGACGCCCUUCCUCCGAUGGUAACCGAUAAAGAGCAAUCGCGUACGGUUUACGCCGCAAACUUCAAUCACAAUGCGGACGGCACCGUCAGUCUACGGGUGCCGUUCACUGAAGAUAGCACCGUCCGUCUACUGCGUCGGAAUGUUCUCCGGCUGGUGAGCGAGGAGGAUAAGCUUCGCAUUUACUAUCACACGGAUAACUCCCGGGAGUACCAUGAGUACGAGCCCAACUUCCUGGAAAUCGAUCAGGACGCUGCUAUCGGGGUGGAGCUUCUGGUCAAGAUAUAUCCGCAGGCCUUGCCGAUCCGGGAUUUGCCGGUGGAUGAUAAGGUGGAAUUUGCUAAGAGCCUUUGGGAAAAAGGACUCAUUGUGGUGAAAGCUAAGUGAAGCCGAUGCCUAUUGUAUUUUUU